GUCAUCGUCUUUCCAGUUGUUUUAACGUCAUUAACUGUACACGUUUUGUGUGGCGAAGAGAAACAAAAUACAGGAUUUCCUGUUCUAGACGCUGUAUCGGGCUGCAGAUGCCGGCAGGAUUUCAGCGCUCUGAAAUUUCCCUCAACAUGCUGAAGUUGAGAGAAGGAUCUUUGGGGCUGGGAUUUCGGAGAAAAGUUGUAGCAAAUAAAAGCAGAAAGCUUGCUCCUGCCGCUCGCUAGUAUGGAUGUCCCCCCCCCGAAGGAUGGGACUUGCGGGAAGAAACCCUCCGUUCACCUUAGUUGUCUCUUGAGCCAGGAGAUUCAGCCGAGAUGGAGAGCAACAUGUCCUCCGGGAACUGUACUAAUCCCCAGAUGUCCUUUCAGUCCACCCUGUACGCGAUCACCUACACCAUCAUAUUCGUGCCCGGGCUGCUGGCAAACAGUGCUGCCCUGUGGGUUUUGUGUCGCUUCCUCAGCAAGAAGAGCAAAGCUGUGAUUUUCAUGAUCAACCUGGCCGUGGCCGACCUGGCUCACGUCCUCUCCCUGCCGCUGCGGAUGUAUUACUAUAUAAACCACACGUGGCCCUUUGGGAGCUUCCUUUGCUCGCUGUGUUUCUACCUGAAGUACCUCAACAUGUACGCGAGCAUCUGCUUCCUCACCUGCAUCAGCAUCCAGCGGUACCUCUUCCUCCUCCACCCCUUCAAGGCCAAGGACUGGAAGCGGCGGUACGACGCGGCCAUCAGCGCUGCGGUGUGGCUCUUCGUCGGGGCGGCUUGCUUGCCGCUGCCCAUCGUGAGGAGCCCGGCCUUGUCCGGCAGCACCAACACCUGCUUCGCGGACCUGGGCGUGAAGCAGAUGACGCUGGGAGCCUCCAUCGCUUUGGCGACGGUCGCGGAGCUCUUUGGGUUUGUGAUCCCCCUGGGCAUCAUCGCCUGCUGCACGUGGAAGAUGAGGCGGUCCCUGCAGCACUGCCAGACGCAGCUGCAGAACACCAGCGAGAAGCAGAAAGCUUGGCGGAUGGUCUUGAUGUGCGCCGCGGUGUUCUUCAUCUGCUUCACCCCGUACCACCUCAACUUCCCGCUGUUCAUGAUGGUGAUAGAGAACAUCAUCAAGGACUGUGCCAUCCACAGGAGCACGCUCCGCUUCCACCCCGUCUCCCUCUGCCUGGCGAGCCUGAACUGCUGCCUGGAUCCCGUCCUCUACUACUUCAUGACAUCCGAGUUCCAGGACCAGCUGCUGCGACACAGCUGUGCUGCCCUGAGGCUGCGCUUCGCACGCGCGCGGAGCAGCCUCUCCCCCGGGCAGACCAGCGACGACAUUCGCAUGAAGAAGCGAAGCUUUCCGCGCUUCAAAUUUUGGUCCCUUCCAAAGUUCUUUGGUCGAAUAAACAGCAUGGAAAUUCCUCCGAUGCCACCAGACGAGCUUUUGUUAGAGUCCAUCUCUUGAAACGCGAGACGUUUCCCUCUGUGCAGGUGCUUCUCCGAGCUUGAAUGACGGUUGCGUUAGGUCUCCAAAUAGGUGUUGAAUUACCCCCGUGUGCAGCAGGUGCGAGAGUCUGACCCAGACUCGAUGAAAAUACAUUUCACGGUUGUGUUGUGGCUAUUAGUGACUGUUUGACCCACAGUGGUCUCCGUCGUGUUAUUGUUAAAAUACUCGAAACAGCCAUCACUAAAAUCAGUAUUUUUCCCAUGCUGAACUGCAGCCAGGUUUGAUUCCCUACAAUUCCUAUCACUUCUGUGGAGUCCCACAGGAAAGGGGAAUAUUUCUGGACCAGAAAGAAGUGUUUCUAUCUAUUCGUCAUUCCCGAAAGCCCUUUUGAACCCCGGCUUUCAACCAGGCCGCUCGGCCCUUAACGGAGGUGCCGCCAGGCAGAAUUGCAGCACUGCCUGCAGCUGCCGGCGUCCGAUUAAAACCGCCUGUGCUGAGCUCUCGUUAGGCUCUCGAUCCGGACAGUUAACUAUCUCCACGUGGAACGAGCCUCCUUCCACCGAGGACUCGGCCUAGGCUGCACUGCAGGACUACCAGGUCGCCAGCAAACUCCAAGCUGGCAGCGCUAACCCAUAUCCACGCCGGUAUUAAAGGGAGGUUUCGGACAAGCUGAGUUGUGUCAGCUGAGUUGACUCUAUUGAAGAAAAACCACCCAAACCCAAGCACGGGAGCCCCCGAGGCUGCCGGAGCUACGAGACGCCGGAGCGAGGGACGAGCGCUCGGAGGAUGCCUGCAGCGGGACACGCCGGGGCGAGCGGGAGAGGGAACGGGGAGUCCUUCCCGCGGCACGUCCGCGCGGGAGCUCCCGUCCCGUGUCGUCAUUGCGAGUCUUGUGUUACCUGGCAUUUUGCUAAAGCCUCUGCUCAUAGAUUAAGAUGUUACAUGAGCCUCUCGGGUUUGCCUUAAGGAGCAAAAACGUUUCCAGCCCUCGCUGGUUACCCGAAGUUUACGGAGCUGAUCCAAGCGCGUCCUUAAGGCUUCAGACUCGGGAGGAAAUAAAAUUAUCCCAA